AUGCCCAGGAUCGCCCCAGAGGUGGCGCAACACCGACUCAACAUCAACCCCGAGGCACGACCGGUAAAGCAAAGGCUAAGAAGGUUCGCCCCCAACCAGCAGAAAGUGAUCAGAGACGAGGUUGAUCGCCUUAUAAAGGCCAGGUUUAUCGCCGAGGUUAAAUACCCCCGGUGGUUGUUGAAUGUAGUCCUCGUUAAGAAUCCUAAUGGAAGCUGGAGAAUGUGUAUUGAUUAUACCGAUCUCAACCGAGCAUAUCCCAAGGACUGCUAUCCGCUCCCUAGGAUAGACCAAUUAGUUGAUGCCAUCGCAGGCCAUGAACGCCUUAUGUUCCUGGAUGCGUUUUCGGGCUACAACCAAAUCCGGAUGGCGACCCAAGACCAAGAAGACACUGCCUUCGUCACUAACCGGGGAGCAUAUUGUUACAAGGAGAUGCCCUUCAGCCUAAAGAACACUAGCGCAACUUACCAAAGAAUGGUCGAUAAAAUUUUCAAGCACCGACUCGGGAGGAACAUGGAGGUAUACGUAGACAACAUGAUUGUAAAGAGCAGGGUCACAAUGACACAUUUGGCCGACCUAGCAGAAACGUUCCAAACGCUCAAGCGAUUCAACAUGCAUCUGAACCCAGUGAAGUGCGUCUUCAGGGUCAGCUCGGGGAAGUUCCUCGGUUUUAUCAUUCACCAGUGGGUGAUAGAUGCCAACCUAGAGAAGGCGACAAGUGCCUCCCCGGAGUGCGAGGAGGCCUUCGAAAAGCUGAAGGCAUGCCUCGCCCACUUGCCCCAACUCGCCUCACCUAAGCCUGGCGAGACCCUCGGCCUCUACCUGGCGGCCUCAGCACAGGCCAUCAGCUCGGUGUUAGUUCGGGAGAAGUUGCAGCCCUACUUCCAAGCCCACACGAUCAAAGUGAUCACCGACCAACCGCCGCGACAGACCCUUUCCAACUUUGACACAUCGAGUCAUAUGCUCGAUGGUCGGUCUAGCUCAGCGAAUUUGACAUUUAGUACUCCCCCAGGACCGCCAUCAAAGCUCAGCGAAGCCGAGUAUGAGGCGCUGCUCCAUGGUCUACGCCUCGCUCUGGAGUUGCACGUAGAUGAUCUUGAAGUCUUCAGCGACUCCCAAUUGGUGACGGGGCACGUCAAUAGGAGCUGCGAAGCCCGAGACCCAACGAUGGUGUCAUACCUAAUGGAGGUAAAGCGACUUGCCUACCGAUUUAGCCACCUUUCAGUCGCCAGAAUACCUCGGGCACGGAACGAGCGGGCCGAUGCAUUGGCCAAAUCGACCUCCACCCGCAUCUCUGGGUUAGCCCCAGCCACUGAGUCCGUGGAGACCCCGACAAUAAUGACUCACGAGGUCGCCAAAAUGAAUAUACCACCGAAUUGGAUAGAGGAGAUCCUCCGCUACAAAGCGGGCGGGAAGGAGCCCGACGACCCGAUAGUUGCGAGAUGGUUAAGGUGA